GCUCUCGCACCGCUAACAAAAGAAAAGAGAAGCGAAGCGCGCUGAGUGAGUAGUAGAAAGAAAAAACGCCAUAGCCGAGAGCUUCUUAGGGCAAAUUUCUCUGUAGCCGUAGAAGGCAAACCCAUCGGUGGCCACGAACUCGCUUACGGUAGAAGACUAAGAUGAGCAUCUGGAACUAUGUCGUUACAGCACACAAGCCUACCAAUGUUACCCACUCCUGUGUCGGCAAUUUCACCGCUCCCAACGAGCUAAACCUCAUUAUUGCGAAAUGCACUCGUAUUGAAAUUCAUUUACUUACUGCACAGGGCUUGCAGCCUAUGCUGGAUGUGCCAAUAUAUGGAAGAAUUGCCACACUUGAGCUUUUCCGCCCUCAUGGUGAAACUCAAGAUCUUCUGUUUAUUGCAACUGAAAGAUACAAAUUCUGUGUUCUCCAAUGGGAUGCUGAAGCAUCUGAGCUCGUUACAAGAGCAAUGGGGGAUGUUUCAGAUCGUAUAGGCCGUCCGACAGACAAUGGUCAGAUUGGAAUUAUUGAUCCAGAUUGCAGAUUAAUUGGGCUUCAUUUGUAUGAUGGAUUAUUCAAGGUCAUUCCUUUUGACAAUAAGGGGCAGCUGAAAGAGGCAUUUAAUAUUAGGCUUGAGGAACUUCAAGUUUUGGAUAUCAAAUUUCUUUUUGGGUGUUCAAAGCCCACAAUUGUAGUUCUUUACCAGGAUAAUAAAGAUGCUCGUCAUGUCAAAACGUAUGAAGUUGCUUUGAAAGAUAAAGAUUUUGUUGAGGGGCCUUGGUCUCAGAACAAUCUUGACAACGGAGCUGCCAUGCUAAUUCCUGUACCUCCUCCUUUCUGCGGUGUUCUUAUUAUCGGAGAAGAAACAAUAGUCUAUUGCAGUGCUAAUGCAUUUAAAGCAAUCCCAAUCAAACCUUCCAUCACAAGAGCCUAUGGAAGAGUUGAUCCUGAUGGUUCUAGGUAUUUGCUUGGUGAUUACAAUGGGCUACUUCAUCUCCUCGUAAUUACUCAUGAGAAAGAAAAGGUCACUGGACUCAAAAUUGAGCUUUUGGGAGACACUUCAAUUGCAUCUACUAUAUCAUAUCUUGAUAAUGCAGUUGUCUUUAUAGGAUCAAGCUAUGGAGAUUCACAGCUUAUCAAGCUACACAUGCAACCUGAUGCCAAAGGUUCAUAUGUCGAAGUUGUGGAAAGAUAUGUCAAUUUGGGACCCAUUGUUGACUUUUGUGUGGUUGAUCUUGAAAGGCAAGGCCAAGGUCAGGUUGUAACAUGCUCUGGAGCUUACAGGGAUGGUUCUCUUCGCGUAGUCCGGAAUGGAAUUGGAAUCAAUGAACAGGCAUCAGUGGAACUCCAAGGUAUAAAAGGAAUGUGGUCUCUACGAUCUUCCACUGAUGAUCCAUUUGACACAUUUCUGGUUGUAAGCUUUAUCAGUGAGACACGAAUUUUGGCAAUGAAUCUUGAAGAUGAGUUAGAAGAAACUGAGAUAGAAGGUUUCUGUUCUCAAGUGCAGACUUUGUUUUGCCAUGAUGCUGUUCACAAUCAACUUGUUCAAGUCACUUCAAGCUCUGUGAGACUGGUCAGCUCUGAAACCAGAGUACUAAAGAAUGAAUGGAAUGCUCCAUCAGGAUUUUCCAUUAAUGUUGCCACUGCUAAUGCCACCCAGGUUUUGUUGGCAACUGGUGGGGGGAAUUUAGUGUAUUUAGAAAUUUGUGAUGGUUUAUUGAAAGAGGUAAGCCAUUUACGAUUGGAUUAUGAGAUCUCAUGCCUCGACAUAAAUCCAAUCAGUGAAAAUCCAAACUACAGCCCGCUAGCUGCAGUUGGUAUGUGGACAGAUAUUAGUGUCAGUAUGUUUUCACUGCCUGACCUAAAGCUUAUUACAAAGGAGCCUUUAGGAGGAGAAAUCAUUCCCCGUUCUGUUCUCCUUUGCUCCUUUGAAGGGAUAUCCUAUUUGUUGUGUGCUCUGGGAGACGGACACCUUUUGAACUUUCUGUUGAACACAAGUACUGGUGAGCUGACAGACAGGAAGAAGAUCUCUCUCGGGACUCAGCCAAUAACACUACGCACGUUCUCGUCUAAAAGUAUUACGCAUGUAUUUGCUGCCUCAGAUAGACCGACAGUCAUUUAUAGCAGCAACAAGAAACUGCUGUAUAGCAACGUUAAUCUGAAAGAAGUGAGCCAUAUGUGCCCUUUCAACUCUGCUGCUUUUCCGGACAGCCUUGCUAUUGCAAAAGAAGGUGAACUUACGAUUGGCACCAUAGAUGAUAUCCAGAAGCUUCACAUUCGUUCCAUUCUACUAGGGGAGCAUGCUCGACGUAUCUGUCAUCAGGAGCAUUCGAGGACAUUUGCAAUAUGCAGCGUAAAAUAUAAUCAGUCUGCUGCGGCUGCUGAUGAUUCUGAAAUGCACUUUGUUCGCCUGUUAGAUGAUCAAACAUUUGACUUUAUAUCAACUUAUCCCCUAGAUACAUUUGAGUACGGCUGCUCCGUACUUAGCUGCUCUUUCUCAGAUGAUAAUACUGUAUACUACUGUAUAGGAACUGCAUAUGUUCUCCCAGAGGAAAGCGAACCAACCAAGGGCCGUAUUCUGGUGUUCGUAGUGGAAGAUGGAAAGUUACAGCUUAUUACAGAGAAGGAAACCAAGGGUGCUGUUUACUCUCUUAACGCCUUUAAUGGUAAACUACUUGCUGCUAUUAAUCAAAAGAUACAGCUGUACAAGUGGAUGCUUCGGGAUGACGGUUCACGAGAGUUACAGUCUGAAUGUGGACAUCAUGGCCAUAUACUCGCCCUCUAUGUACAGACCCGUGGAGAUUUCAUUGUUGUUGGUGAUUUGAUGAAAUCAAUAUCCUUGUUAAUCUACAAGCAUGAGGAAGGGGCCAUCGAGGAACGGGCUCGAGACUAUAAUGCAAAUUGGAUGUCAGCAGUUGAGAUUUUAGAUGACGACGUAUACCUUGGAGCUGAAAACAGCUUUAAUAUAUUCACUGUGAGGAAGAACAGUGAAGGUGCCACCGAUGAGGAACGUGGCCGACUUGAUGUACUAGGUGAGUAUCACACUGGGGAAUUUAUCAAUCGAUUCCGGCAUGGAUCCCUUGUAAUGCGGUUGCCAGAUUCAGAAGUGGGUCAGAUUCCUACCGUCAUUUUUGGAACCGUCAAUGGUGUGAUUGGGGUUAUUGCUUCCCUUCCUCAAGAACAGUACGUAUUUCUGGAGAAGCUUCAAACAAGUUUGAGGAAAGUGAUAAAAGGAGUCGGAGGUUUAAGCCACGAGCAAUGGAGAUCGUUCAGCAAUGAGAAGAAAACAGUGGAAGCCAAGAAUUUCUUAGAUGGAGAUCUAAUCGAAUCGUUCCUUGAUCUCAACCGUAGCAAGAUGGAGGACAUCUCCAAACAAACGGGUGUUUCGGUGGAGGAGCUGUGUAAGAGAGUGGAAGAACUGACGAGGUUGCAUUGAGGUUUUCUUUCUUGUUAUGUGGGGAGUUGGUUGUUCAUUUGUUAAUUCUUUGUUCCCUUAUUUUGUAACAUUUCUAUAAUUGAAAUUCCUAAGAAGAGUGUUGUCUAAGAUAUAUUUUCUGGGUGGAACCAUAGAGAUAGAGAUCAUGUGUAUUGUAUAUUUAUGUUAAAUGUGUGUACCUGGAUUCUAAUGGCUUUACUUU